UAUCCUAUUUAGCAUGUCGGAAGUUCCUAGUUCCGACUAAUAUCGAACGCGGCAUCUGUCCUGCGUGUACGUUUGCGCCACAACAGAAUGUAGGCAAAUACAAACGGUGCCCGGUGAUGCUACGUUACAAGAAAUAAACUACUUUGCGGUGUGUAGAGCUAGCCAGCUGUAUGAUGUCAAUGGUCUUGUUUGCCUCUGUGGUGCGGGUGGUGGACGGUCUACCCCUGUCUGCCUCCACAGACUACGAGCAGGACAAAGGCCUUCAGGAAACCAAGAAGCAAGUCAAAGCACUGUCCAAGAAACUCAGCCAGUUCCCUGACCGGUGCACUCUGAAGGCUGGACAGUACAAUAUCAAUUUCACCUGCUGUCUGGGUGUGGGUUAUCUGAUGGUUUGUACAGAGAACUACCCCAACGUCCUGGCCUUCUGUUUCCUGGAUGAGCUGCAGAGGGAGUUCAUCGUCACGUACGAUGCCAAGCGUGUCAAUAGCGCUGUGAGGCCAUACUCCUUCAUCGAGUUGGACAACUUCAUCCAGAAGACGAAGCAGCGCUUCAACAGCCCCCGCUCUCUGUCCACUAAGAUCAACCUGGCCGACAUGCAAACAGAGAUCAAACUUCGACCGCCCUACCAGCUGACCCCUGAGGACCUAGGAUCCAUCAACGGCUUCUCAUACCACACCCCCUCCAAGUACAAGGGCAUAACUCCCAGCCAACAGCUUGAUCCUGUGACUCUACCUGGCAUCGUCUCCUGUGUGCUGAGCAUCCUCUGUGGAGGCCUCAAUCUACUCCGAGGGGUUCAUGCUAUAGAGAGCACCAUACAGAACGACGAUGAAGAUUUUAAUUACGUGAUUGCCUUUUUCCUGGGCACAGCAGCCUGUCUGUAUCAGUGCUCCCUGUUUGCGUACUUCUCUGUGUGGAGGAACAGUAAGUCAUUCCUGGCCUUCGCCCUGAUCUGUCUGUCCAACAUGUACCUGUAUGAACUGAGGAACGUGUGGCAGAUCCUCUUCCAUGUGACUGUAGGGGCCUUCAUGACACUACAGAUCAGACUGAGGCAGCCGCAGGGCAAGGCUCCGGACUACAACGUCUGACAAACUACAACCACGAGACUUAGUCAAACAAGAAAUAAACAACUUCAGUGUCUGACAACCCAACAAAUAUACUAAUUUACAACCAACCAACCACCAACAACAAAACCAUGUCUAAGGCUAUGGAGCAAAGAAGUGCCUCUGCUCCUGCUCUCUUUAUCAUGUUCCUUCCCCACCACCGCUCAGGAUUGUGGGCCAGCCUGGCCCUGCUUCAAUCCUGUUGGAUGCUGAGCUCACUUUAGCGUGGCCUCAAAGUGAUACGGCCCAAUAGGAUUAAUGGGCGGUGCCACUACAGCCAAAUAAUUAGUUAAUUGGCUAAUAAUAAUAUUCAUAUGAAUAUGUUUGGGGUAACUAUCAGGAGUCUGAACAGGGGUUUCUGACUUAAAUUGAAUCUCUGGCAUCACAGACAUGUAUAAUUUAAGUAAUUUAGCAGACGCUCUUAUCCAGAGUGAAUACAGGAGAAAUUAGUGUUAAGUACCUUCCUAAAGGGCAUAUCGACAGAUUUUUUUUUUACCUAGUCGGCUCGGGGAUUCAAACCAGCGACAUUUUGGUUACUGGACCAAUGCUCUUAACCGUUAGGCUACCUGCCACCCCAGUAUCAUAUGUUAUUCAAUAUCUUGGCUAGUAAAGAUUUGUUUUAUUGAUUUGAGAAUAAUUUAUUCAAAAUAAUGUGUAUGAUCAUGUCACACCUGUUACUUCCAUGUACUGCUGUACUUUGUUGCAGGCUUCAUGAAAAUGCUAUUGCUUGUAAGCUGAGUUUGGCAAAUGUAAUGUGGUGUUAUCCCACUGGGAGGCCAACCUUAUCAGCUCCGUAUCAUCUGCCAGACCUCCUGGUGCAGUGGUGGUAACAGCAGCCACUGCUGGAAAGGGUUUCAUUUACCUGUGAGCCAUCUGCCAUCCCGAUGUUUCAGGGUAUUACUCUAAAGGCCAGAGUAGGAGAGGAGCUAGACUAGUUACUUAUAUUGUAGCAGAAAUGGUUACUUCCCAAAAUACUCAAUGCAUUUCUUUUGCCAUGUAUUUUCCAAUGCAUCAUUUAUUUUGCAUAGCUUUUAGAUUCUAUUGCAGAAAUGUUUGACUUGUCAGAAGCAUAAAUUACUGAGGACAAUGUCAGUAAAAUUCCUAGAAACAUUGUUAAUUUAAUGAAGAGUUAAGGGAUUGUGCCAACAAUGUUAGUUUUUUGGGGGGGUGGAGUGGCCUGUGUCAGUCAGACUAGAGAUAGUCAUUGCAUGAGUGGAGAGUAUAAACAUGGAACCAAGUAUUAUGAACAUCUGGCAACUAACUACAUGUAUAUCUGGGCACUACUGCACGGAUCCAACCCUUAACAUGUGUCAUCAACAAUGGCCAACAUGUUACUAUUAGCUUGUACAUCUUAGCAGACUGUGGUACUUGACCUUUGACCUAAGUUAGCCUCCAGUAUGACAUCUAGGACUUAAAUGUUUUAUUUGAUGUUGGCUGUUUCCAGGGGUGCAACUUUCACUGCGGAUGAUGCAUUUUUAUCCCCCCCCACAGUUGUAUCAUUGGAAUGUGAUACAAAAUAAGUUAACGGUGUGCUUUAGGACCAUGCAGACGCCUCCGAGCAGUCGGGUAGGGUGUUUAUCCGACUGGAUAAAAAAAUGUCUCCCCCCCCACUUCUAAAACCAAAGUUGCGCCCCUGGCUGUAUGUAAUGACAUACUUUUGCAAUCUAUGUAACUAAAUAUACAACAUUAAACAGAUCCUCAUUUUGCUAA